CCAGCUUUUUGUGUCUAUCUUCGCCAAAAGUAUGGACAGUUGUUGUGCGCUGACUCUAAACAGUGCUGUUUUCCCCCCGGGCUCACAAAAGUGCAACACGAAGCGGCAAAUCCAAGGAUGGAGCAGAAACGCCAAGUUAAACGAUCACUCCAAUUAGAAAAAGCGGAAGUAGAGGUAACACCACGUAAGAAGAAAUCCAAAGUCUCCAAGGAGAAAUUUUCUCCAGUUACUGGAACACAAUGUCUUAGCCCUUUUACUCCCAAGGACGAUCAUUUUAGGGCAAACUCCGAGUUAAAUGCAGAAAAGAGAAUGGUGACCACAAGAGGGCAGCUGAAUUCAGACCAAAUAGAAUUAGAUAUAUUAAGGUCAAAGGUGGAAAAGUCUGUCUUGGUUAUCCAGUCUAUCAGAGAGAAGCUGAGUGCUUUGAAGGCCUUGGAGAGCAAUAAAGAGCUUGGAUAUUUCAUUGGUGCCUGGAACAAUUCAGGGGACCUGGCCACUGAGCUCCAAAGAAACAGAGAACUCAUGGCACAAGUUGAAAGAAACAGCAAAACUGGUAAAGUUCAGGAGAACUGAAGUUGCCUCUGGACCACAGGCUCCCACAGGUGCAGAAUGUUGAAGUACAUCAGGAACAUCAAGAAGUGAAUGCAGGAAAACAGAGACACCAAGACAGGGAACAAGUGUGGCAGUUUUGAUGGAGGAUUCAGUGCAACACUUAUUAAACUAAGAGUAGCCAUGGCAAUCACUGAUACCCGGAACUGUAAGAAU